AAAAGUGGAAUGGGGGGAAGGGACAUAGAUGGAUGGGGAGAGGGAGGACAUUUAAAAGGGAGCUAAACCGGCUUUACAAAAGAGUGAGAGGCAGAAUACGGAGAGACGAAAAGAGUGAAUUAAAGAAAAAAAGUGCAUGGUCUCAGAGUGAGAGGGAGUAACUGAGGUAGAGGGAGCUUUGGUGCCGCAGCGGGACCGACUGUCACACAAACUGUCAGCGAGGUCUUACUGGAGAGAGCAGCAGCUACUCCCCGCUAACACCAACAAACCGGAGGAAACGACAAAAAGGAAGAAGAGGAAGGAAUAUUCAGGUUAAAUGAACUGAGUUUGCUUUUUGCUUCCCGCCACCGUCUCCUCUGGUCAGGAUCUACCCCCUUCAUCAUCACCAUCACUCCUCUUCAUCGCCUCCAGGUUUUAAUCCCCUUCAUCUUCAGCAGCUCGACCUCUCCUGCUCCUAAGCAGCAUGCCGGGUUGGCGGCGGAACCUCACUUUUUGCCUGCAACGGAUGCACGAGGAAGAUGAGGGGCCAUAUGGGAAAACAAAGGAUAUCUCUGGACCAGAACACACCAUGACUUUAAGAAGGCACAGUAUACCAGAAGCUCUACGGGGGGUGACCAUGGUGGAACUGGUGAAAAAAGAAGGCAGCACACUUGGACUAACCAUCUCAGGAGGAACGGACAAGGAUGGGAAACCACGGGUAUCAAAUCUACGGCCAGGUGGGCUGGCAGCCAGGAGUGACCAGCUGAAUGUCGGGGAUUACAUCAAAUCUGUGAACGGCAUCAAUCUGACCAAACUGAGGCAUGAAGAAAUUAUUAGUUUAUUAAAGAACGUUGGAGAGAGAGUCCUGUUAGAGGUGGAGUAUGAGCUGCCCCCUACAGCACCAGACAGCACCUCAGGCGUAAUAUCGAAGACAAUCGACAUCUGUUUGCACAAAGAGGGAAGCAGCUUUGGUUUUGUCAUGAGAGGUGGAACCCAUGAAGACUGGCACAAGUCACGGCCCUUAGUGGUCACCUACGUCAGACCUGGAGGUCCUGCAGACAGAGAAGGAACGCUGCGUCUGGGUGACCGCCUCUUAAGUGUGGACGGCGUUCCUUUACACAACGCCAGCCACAACGACGCCCACAGCGUGUUGGCUCAGUGCGGCCAGGAAGCCCUGUUCCAGAUAGAGUACGACGUCACAAUAAUGGACACAGUGGCUAAUGCUUCUGGUCCGCUAUUGGUGGAGAUUGCAAAGUCGCCAGGGGCAACGCUGGGCAUCACGCUGACGUCGGCCAAUCAUCGGAACAAGCAGGUCAUCGUUAUUGACCGGGUUAAACCUGGCAGCGUGGUGGACAGAUGUGGAGCGCUUCAUCCCGGGGAUCACCUCCUGUCCAUAGACGGGACGUCAACAGAACACUGCACAGUGCUGGAGGCAACGCAGUUGUUAGCAAGCACAACGGAGCUGGUCAAGUUGGAAAUCCUUCCUUCACAUCAGACCAGGCUAGCAGGGAAGCAGCAUGACACAGUGAAGGUCCAGAAAUCAGAUCAUCCCCACACCUGGGACCCGUGUAUAAACUACUGUCACCCUCAAAACUCCACCCUCUGCAACACAAGUUCCACCCUCAACAAGUCCUGGACCGCAUCCAACAACAACACAAUCAACAGCCUGGACUACUGCAAGUCUCUUGUCUGUGCCAGUUUCUCCACCAGCUCUACCACCACAUCAGGGCCCAGCAGCCAGAGCUCCAACACGCUGCCCCGGCCUGCAGUUCCCAUGAGUCCUCGCAACUCGCUGCUCAAACGACGGCAGAGGAAGAAAGAGCACAAAAGUUCCUUGUCCCUGGCAUCAAGUUCGGUUGGUCCUGGCGGUCAGGUGGUCCAUGUGGAGACCAGUGAGGUCGUCCUGACUGGUGAUCCUCUCAACGGCUUUGGAGUGCAGCUGCAGGGAGGAAUAUUUGCAACUGAAACUCUCUCCGCGCCUCCACUCAUUCGAUUCAUCGAGCCGGACAGCUCAGCCGAGAGGUGUGGCCUGCUGCAGGUUGGAGACCGUCUUUUGUCAAUCAACGGAAUCCCCACUGAAGACGGGACACUGGAGGAAGCCAAUCAACUUCUCCGAGACGCUGCCUUGACCAAUAAGGUCGCGCUGGAAAUCGAGUUUGAUGUAGCAGAGUCGGUGGUGCCUAGCAGUGGCACGUUCCACGUCAAGUUACCAAAGAAAAGAGGAGUGGAGCUGGGGCUCACCAUCAGUGCCAGCAAGAAGCCUGGAGAGCCGCUCAUCAUUUCCGACAUCAAGAAAGGCAGCAUGGCUCACAGAACUGGGACUCUGGAGCCUGGCGACAAGCUUCUGGCGAUUGACAACAUCAGGCUGGAGAAUUGUUCCAAGGAAGACGCAGAGCAUAUUCUCCAGCAGUGUGAGGAGCUGGUCAAACUAAAGAUACGCAAAGAUGAGGACAACUCAGAUGAGCAGGAGACGUCAGGCAGCAUCAUCUACACUGUGGAGCUGAAGCGCUAUGGAGGCCCUCUGGGUAUAACCAUCUCAGGCACAGAGGAGCCUUUUGACCCCAUCACUAUAUCUGGCCUGACCAAGCGAGGCCUUGCAGAGAGGACGGGCGCUAUUCAUGUGGGUGACCGGAUAUUGGCCAUCAACAGCGUCAGCCUGAAAGGGAAGCCGCUGAGCGAAGCCAUCCAUCUGCUUCAGAUGGCCGGAGAGACGGUGACCCUCAAAAUAAAAAAACAGCUGGACAAUUUAGAGGAGAGGAAAGCAGCAGACGCUGAGGACGCGACAGAGAAUGAGGUCAGUGACCCAGAGGAGGAUGAUCUGACAGACAGCCAACAGACCAAUAAGCUGUCAGAACUUUACUCCACAACUAUACCGAGUGUGGACUCGGCCAUGGAGUCCUGGGACGGUUCUGGACUGGACGCAGGAUACGGCAGCCAAGGUACAUACGCACAACAAGGAGCGGGCAUCGCCCUCCACCCACAUGAGUGGCGCAGCUCCAAACAGCAACGUAGCACAACGCCCCCUCCUGGAAGAAGGAAGAACUACCCGUUUAGUGAUGGAGGCUUCAGUGAGGAUGAGUGGGACAAACCACCAGGAUUUAUUGGCCAACCACCAGAUGGGAUCCUGCUGGAUCCGGAUGACAGUUUUUGGUGUCAGGCUCUGGAAGACCUGGAGACUUGUGGUCAGUCUGAACUUCUCAGAGAGAUCGAGGCUUCCAUCAUGACAGGUACAUCCAUCAGUCUGGGAGUAGAAGGUGCCAACAAACCUCCGGCUGAGCCCAUCCUGAGCCACAGGAUGAGUCCACUGCGAAGAAACUCCCUCCUUCUACAGGCAAACCUGCUUCACCAGAACGCACACCUGCACCAGGGGGUCCAUUUACAUGAGGACGUCCUUCUGCAUGAUGAGGCCCACAUCCACCAAGACUCCCACUUGCAUGACGAGGCCCAUUUCAACCACGAGGCCCACCUGCACCAUGGAGCCCACAUCCACCAGGAGAACCAGUCCCCCCUCCUGCACCAUGAUCCGAAGCUCAAGGCUUCAUUAAGAGUGUCAGAGAGAACGUGGGAGUCUCGUCGGAUCAAAGAGGAAAUGCAGGGAAUUUUGUCCCCAACGCCUCUGGAGCUGCACAAAGUGACGGUGAUAAAGGACCCGGAGAGCGAUGACUUUGGGUUUAGCGUGUCUGACGGCUUCCUGGAGAAAGGAGUUUAUGUCAACAUGAUCAGGCCCGAUGGGCCGGCCGACAGAGCCGGACUGAAGCCCUUCGACAGGAUCCUGCAGGUCAACCAUGUCAGAACGAGAGACUUUGAUUGCUGCUUGGCGGUGCCGCUCAUCACCGAGGCUGGAGACAGACUGGAGCUGGUCAUCAGCAGGAACCCGCUGGCCGGCGACAUGCCAGAAGACAACAACAACACGUUAGACCAUCCCCUCAGUCUGUAACCAACGAUGCAAACAAACAUUCUCUUUUCAAUUAACACUACAAGUCAUAAAUUGUGAACAUAUUUGCUGUGACUGGCCUGGGAAUAAACACAGGCUAGCAAUAAAUCUGAAUAUACAGAGACUGAAAACACUGAAGUACAAACAAAAAGCCCUGCAUGCACACAUUCCAUUUACAGAGUUGUACUGCUGUUAUACAGUAUAUUCUUUAUACAAAAAUAUAAAAAUAUAAAAUAAAAAUGUGACUACAGUAUGAAAAAAUCACCACACCAAAAUUUCAUUAAAAAGUGUAAAUUCCAGAAAUUCUUAUUCUUUUUAUUUUGUUGUUUACAAGUGAAUGAAAAUCAACUAAAUGGGUCAGGUGGUGCUUUUUUCUGUUUUUACAAAAAUGCAUGGGUCAUGUUCUAGAUUUUAUAUAAUUUGGAGAAGAAAAACAAAACGUGAUAUUUUGUUUUAAGACUGAACAUAGAAGAUAACAGAUGUUAUCAUCCAGCUGUCGUCAUGUGAGACGUUCAUAAUGUGCUUAAACACAGUUUCCCUCCUUUGGCUGAGGAACAGCCAAUAAAAGCUUCUUUUAGCUCUUUUA